CCUCGACCAACACUCCUGAUUCACGACCAUUCCGUCCCAUCUCGUCUCGAUACCCAUUGAUAGCUCGUACUCUAUCGAUCGCAGCAGCCGACGCCCGUCAUGCCGGUACCCGUGUCGAUGGCAAAGGCGCCAGGGGACUGGUCUCCCUCUGCUUACCGCACCGUCGCCGCUGAGAUGACAUCGUCGUUAGAUCUGGGGCCCAGCGCAUCAGAGGCAAUCGACAGCCUCGUCUACAUCCACUAUUCGGCCUACUCGGCAGCCGAGAGGCUACAUCGACGGCAAGGAAAGAAGAUUCACCUGGGUCCUCGUUACUUCUUGGACAUGAUCAACCACUACGUCGCCCUGAGCAAUGAGAAGCGCGGCAACCUCGAGGAGGAGCAGAGACAUCUCAAUGUCGGUCUCGAUAAGCUACAGGAGACGGUUACAGCAGUGUCAGAUCUACAGAAGAGCCUCGCGGUCAAGCGUACGCAGCUGACAGCAAAGGACAAGGAGGCAAACGAGAAGCUGCAGAACAUGGUUGCCGGGCAGAAGCAGACCGAGGAGCAGAAGCAGGCGUCCAUUCAGCUUCAGGCCAACCUCGAGAGACAGGAGACGGAGAUCUCAGAGCGAAGAGAGGUGGUCAUGGCAGAUCUCGCAGAUGCAGAGCCAGCUGUGCAAGAAGCUCAGGCAUCAGUUAGCAACAUCAAGAAGCAGCACCUCACCGAGGUUAGGUCCAUGGGCAACCCGCCAGCCCCAGUAAAGAACGCAAUGGAGUCCGUCUGCAUUGCUUUGGGUCACAAGGUCGACAGCUGGAAGACGGUACAGGGCAUCAUUCGUCGAGAUGACUUCAUUGCUUCGAUCGUCAAUUUCGACACAGACCGUCAGAUGACGCGGGCUAUUCGCGAGAAGAUGAAGAAGGACUAUCUGUCCAAGCCGGGCUACGACUUCCAGACCAUCGACCGCGCAUCCAAGGCGUGCGGACCCCUCGCCAAGUGGGUCAUUGCUCAAGUCCAUUUCUCAGAGAUCCUCGAUCGUGUCGGUCCCCUGCGAGACGAAGUCGACUCCCUCGAGCAACAGGCUGAGCAGACUAAGCAGCAGGCUGUCCACCUCACGCAGAUGGUCAAGGAGCUCGAGGCCGACAUCGAGCGCUACAAGAACGAAUAUGCAGCGCUGAUCAGCGAGACGCAGGCCAUCAAGAUGGAGAUGGAGAGGGUGCAGAAACGUGUAGACAGAUCUAUCCAGUUGCUGGAUAGCUUGGGCAGCGAGAAGCAGCGCUGGGACGCCUCAAGCCGCUCUUUCGAGAGCCAGAUGAGCACCAUCCCCGGCGACGCCCUGUUAUGCGCGGCUUUCCUGACCUAUGCCGGCUUCUUCGAUCAAGGUUACCGCGAGAUGAUGUGGUCAGGCUGGAAGGAGCACAUCGGCAAGGUAGGCCUCAAGUUCAAGUCAGAAAUUUCACCCGUCGACUACCUUUCUGUAGCGGAGGACAGGCUUCGUUGGCAGCAGAUGGGCCUUCCUAACGACUCUUUGGCAAUGGAGAACGUCAUCAUUCUGCAGCGCUGUCGGCGAACCGCGCUGGUGAUCGACCCAUCGGGCCAGGCAAAGAGCUUCCUCCUGCAGCUCUACAAGGACCGCAAGAUCAAUCAAACCUCCUUUCUCGACUCGGCUGCCUUUGUCAAAUCACUCGAGUCUGCGCUGCGUUUCGGCUCUCCAAUGCUCGUGACGGAUGCAGAGCACUUUGAUCCCAUCCUGAAUCCUGUCCUCAAUGGCGAGUUCCGCAAGACGGGAGGGCGAGUUCUCAUCAGACUGGGAGCGGCAGAGAUAGAUUACAACGCCAACUUCCACCUCACGAUGACGACGCGUUCCUCUGACCAUGAAUGGACGCCGGACGUCUGUUCCAAGGUCACCUUCUGCAACUUCACCACCACUAGGGCGUCGCUGCAGAACCAGUGCCUGGACGCAAUCCUGAAAGCUGAAAGACCAGACACGGACAAGAAGCGCACCGACCUCAUGAAGCUGCAGGGAGAGUUCAGGCUGCGACUUCGUCACUUGGAGAAGUCCCUGCUUAACGCGCUCAACGAGUCGCAGGGCAACAUUCUCGAUGACGACAAAGUCAUUGAUACAUUGGAGACGCUCAAGAAGGAGGCUGCAGAAGUGACAGCCAAGGUCGAAGAGACAGAAAGCAUCAUGUCGGAAGUUGAGCAAGUCACCUCGGCCUACAUCCCACUCGCCAAGGCCUGCUCCUCCCUCUUCUUCAUCCUCGACCAACUCAGCCUCAUCUCUCACUUCUACCAGUUCUCGCUGCGCUUUUUUCUUGACGUAUUCGACUUCGUCUUACUCAAGAAUCCCAGACUGGCAGGAGUUUCAGAGGGGGCUAGAAGGAUGGAAAUCCUGAGGCAGGACCUAUUCGUGCAUAUUUUUAAGCGCACGAGUCGAGCACUCGCGCAUAGAGACCAUGUGUUGUUGGGCAUGCUGCUUGCGCAGGUUUGGGCCAGGGAGAGUGAGGAAGGUGAGGCAUUCGAGGGGGAGGAGUUUGGGAUGCUGCUUGAGGGAGGGGAUGGAGUUGGGCAGACGCCUGUUGAUUUGGGCGCGGCCAACGCCUUUAUUGACGCUGACUUGAGGAGUAGGCUGGCAGCCUUCACUCGCCUCGGAGCCCUCGCUGUCCUUCCUCGCCACAUCAAGGAACACGCCGACGAGUGGAAGGCCUUUCAACACUUUACAGAGCCGGAGGCGUGCGUGCCUGCCUUUUUCGACGCCAGCGAGGUCUCCACUUUGCGGGCGCGCGUCCUCAAUCUCCUGGUCAUCAAGUGUCUCCGCCCAGACCGCGUCGAUGCCGGCAUGGUUCAGCUGGUCACGUCUGCCUUCGGCGGGCUGGAACUUCUCUCCCUCUCCCCCUAUGACCUCCAAUCUGUGGUAACGUCCGAGGUCAAUCCGACCUCACCAAUUACCCUUUGCUCCGUGGCCGGCUUUGACGCUAGCUUCCGCGUCGAAGCUCUCGUCAAAGCCACAGGGGCGCAGAGUACCUCCAUCGCCAUGGGAUCACAAGAGGGAUUUACCCUCGCCGAUCAAGCCAUCACUUCCGCUGCUCGAUCAGGGCGUUGGGUGCUCUUGAAGAACGUGCAUCUUGCUCCCUCUUGGCUGUCUCAGCUCGAGAAGAAACUUCUCGGCCUCAACCCUCACAAAGAUUUCAGGCUCUUCCUCACCUGCGAGACCAAUCCAGUCAUACCCGCAGACUUCCUCCGCUCAAGCCGCAUCUUGAUGAACGAGCCGCCGCCGGGACUCAAGGCCGCCAUACUGGACAUGCUUCGUGCUCUUCCGCCCACACGCCUCCAACGGAGCCCCGGCGAGGCAGUGCGCUUGUUCUUCCUCCUCGCUUUCUUUCACGCCACCGUCACCGAACGAUUACGCUACACGCCUCUUGGGUGGAGCAAAGCCUUCGAGUUCAACGACUCCGACGCCGAGGCUGCCUUGAAUACCAUCGAGGCAUGGCUGGCGCGUGUAGCAAAGGGCAGAAGCAACGUCGACCCAGCCUCUAUUCCCUGGGAAGCCCUGCGCUCCCUGAUCCGCGAAGCAAUCUAUGGUGGCAAGAUCGACAACGAUGCAGAUCAACUGCUGCUCGACUCCUUCGUCGAAGCCAUCUUCACCCCGCAAGCAUACGAGGCAGCCUUCCAGCUCGUGGCUGACGAUGAGAAGCCUCUCGCUGCACCGGAUGGGAUCAAAAUGGAGCAUUUCCUUGAGUGGGCGACGGGCUUGCCUGAGCAGCAGCCUCCGCAAUGGCUGGGGUUGCCAGGCACCGCGGAAAGGGUCAUUGCUACAGCGCAGGGGAGGGAGUUGCUCGGGAAGCUGGUGAGGAUGAGGUCUCUGGCUGAUGAGGAUGACGCGGCUGGAGGCGCUGUGACCGAGCUGCUCAAUGGCCAAACGAACGGUGCGCAGGAGCAGGAGAAGCAGGCCAAUGGCAACGGCGAGUCAAGCACCGACUCUCAACAGCAACCAGCAUGGAUGCGUACCCUCCUUCUCUCCGCCCAGGAAUGGCGUUCCCUCCUCCCCUCAGGCCUCACGCCCCUCUCUGUCCCCAGCUCUUCCACAUCGUCUAGCCUCACCGACCCUCUCUAUCGCUUCUGGUCGCGUGAACAUCGCGCCGCCUCCUCCCUCCUCCGUACCGUACUAAGCGACAUCGACGAGGUAAUCUCCGUCUGUCGUGGCCAAGCACGUCAAACGAACCACAACCGUGCCCUGCUCCGUGACUUGCCCAAGGGCAAAGCACCUCAGGCAUGGAGACAGGACUAUGUCUCCCCGAAGGAGGGAGGGGGCAUGAGCUUGAGCCUUAGCGCCUGGGUUGGAGAUCUGGCGAGGAGGCUGGGCCAGGUAGAGGAGGUCGCUAAGCAGAGUGGUGCAGCGGGUGGGGCUGGAGGGUUCGAGGGGAUGGCCGUCACGCUCGGCCUGGUCUUCUCGCCGGGAGCGUAUCUGACUGCGACGAGGCAGGCUGUAGCCCACCGUAAUGGGGUCAGUCUGGACAGGCUCGACCUCGAGCUCAAGCUGAGCGGGCCAGAAGGGCAGCGGUCCGGCCAAAUGGCCGGCACCGAGGGUGGCUUUGUGCUGCACGGCCUCAAGUUGGAUGGAGCGACAUGGGAUGACAGUGGACAGCUGGCACUCAAUGACGGCUCGACAGUUGCACUGGGGCCAUCGACGCUACUAUGGGUGCCCCGUGACAGCGCCGCUGCCAACGGCAGGGCAUCAGCGUCGACGGUGCCUGUGACGAUGUAUCUCAACGGGGAUCGCUCCGUCUCCCUCUUCACGACGAGACUGCCGGCCCAACCCGGAUUGACGACGGGCAAGGCGGCUCAGAGGGCUGUCGCGCUUCGAGCUGCAUAGCGGGAGUUGCUGAUGAUCGACAUGUAUUCGUAAAGGAGGAUGCUAGACGUGAUAUGCUGCGGCUGCCCGUUUCCCAAUGAUAUCAAAAGCCAAACUGCAAACCACAACCAGCCCGAAGCCUGCGCCCGACUCAAUCCUGCCCAUGUUGUGACUGCUGUGAACCGCAUUCGAAGCCAGCUGCAUUUAAGCACCAUCGCCUCCUGUUCGCCCCCGGCUACCGGUCUCAGUGCUUGCCCUUCCUCUUUGCCAUCGUGUCUUUGUGCUUCUUGAGAUUCUUGCUCUUCUCCCUCAAACUCGCCUUCCCCUUCUUCCUAACAUUCCAACUCUUCUUGACCAUCGCGAAAUUCUUGCCCUUUGCCUUUUGCUCAUUCGUAGAACUAGACUUGGAUUGAUCUCUCUUGCCCUUCUUUGAGCCAAACUUCUCACGAUCCUCCCUUCCCUU